CUGGAGAAUGCAUUCAAUCAAAUGAGGAGAUCUUCUUGAAACACUGGAUUCAUUUAUGCAUUGCAGUUUCUCCCCCUUUUUUCUGUCUAUCUCUGUCUCUCUAUUACCUCCCUCCUUGUGUCCCUCUCUUCUCCUUACUUCCUCUCUUUCUGGAUGCUGGCUGUUCAUCAAGUUGCAUUCUUCUAUGUUGUUCAUCUUUAUUGGAGAUUAGCAUCAUUCGGGAGCUCCCAGACAACUGAUUUUCAUUCCUUUUACCUCCUUCUUCAUCCUCACUUUGGAGUGCUAGGACCCAGGAGACACCCUUUCCAGCAGCAGGAGUUCUUUCACAUAGCAGUACAGUGCAAGGAAAACCCCAUUGGAUCUGUUAUUGCAGGAUACUUGUGAAAUAUACAUACCCUGCCUCUUCUUCUUCUUUUCUCUCCCCCUGGCUGCAUCUUGAAUAUGGAGAGAUCUUACAUGUAUAGUGGGGCUUUGCUUUGAAAAGGCUGUAGGCACAGGGAAGGGUUUUCUAAUCCCUGUUGGUGACAGACUUCUCUGGUGCUUUUUAAUUCCAGUUCUAUUUUUUAUGAUUAUUAUUAUUAUUAUUAUUCUCCUUUUUUUUUCAUUGGCACCUGGAUUGGAUCUUCUAUACUGAACAUAAGUGGCUACUUUGAGGUCUGCUAGAUGGAAUUAUCCUAUAUGGUGUGGAACUUGGCACUUGUGAAUGGGGAUCCUAUUGCUGCUUGCUAGCAGAAGAAAAAUACAUCUAUACAUUGCUAUUCAUAUAUCAAGGGAAUAAAAAAAAAAUAAAAAUAAAAUAAAAGGUGGAUCUGCUGACUAAGCAUUGUGAUGACCAGCUAUCACCUUGCUGACUGAUUCCAACAGCAGAAUAUUUUGGAAGAUCGUGCUGGAGACCUUUUAUUGGGAGUUGCAAGAUGAAAGCUCCUAUUCCACAUUUGCUCCUCUUUUACGUUACCCUGGCACAAAGCUUAAAAGUCGUUACCAAAAGAGGCUCUGCGGACGGAUGUACAGAUUGGUCAGUGGAUUACAAGAAAUAUCAGGUCUUAGUUGGUGAACCUGUUCGAAUAAAAUGUGCACUAUUUUAUGGAUACAUUAGAGCAAACUACACAUUGGCACAAAGUGCUGGACUCAGCUUGAUGUGGUAUAAAAGUACUGGGCCUGGAGAUUUUGAAGAGCCGAUUGCUUUCGAUGGAAUAAGGAUGAGCAAAGAAGAAGAUGCUAUUUGGUUUCGGCCUACUGUGACAGAAGACAGUGGUCUCUAUGCAUGCGUUAUAAGGAAUUCCACGUACUGCAUGAAAGUUUCUAUAUCCUUGGCAGUAGGGGACAAUGACACUGGAUUUUGCUAUAACUCCAAAAUGAAGUACUUCGAAAAAGCUGAACUUAGCAAAAGCAAAGAAAUCCUAUGCCCAGAAAUAGAAGAUUUCAUCAUGCCAUACAGGGAGCCAGAAAUCAAGUGGUACAAGGAAUGCAAAGCAAAGACCUGGAGGCCCAGUAUAAUAUUGAAAAGGGACACUCUAGUUAUCAGGGAAGUAAGAGAAGAUGACAUAGGGAAUUAUACCUGUGAACUGAAGUAUGGAAGUUUUCUAGUAAGAAGAACAACCGAAUUAACAGUAACAGCUCCACUGACCGAUAAACCACCAAAGUUAUUCCAACCUCUGGAAAACAAACUGACAAUCCAAGAAGCUCAGAUAGGCAGCUCGGCUAAUUUAACCUGCAGAGCCUUCUUUGGCUACAGUGGUGAUGUCAGCCCUUUAAUUUACUGGAUGAAAGGGGAAAAGUUUAUUGAAGAUUUGGAUGAGAAAAGAGUCAGAGAGAGCGAUAUCAGAGUUCUUAGGCAACAUCUUGGAGAGCAGGAGGUGUCGAUCUCUUUAAUAUUUGACUCAGUGGAAGAUGCAGAUUUAGGAAAUUACUCCUGCUAUGUUGAGAAUGGGAAUGGACGUAGACAUGCAAGUGUGCUCCUCCAUAAAAGAGAACUGAUGUACACAGUUGAACUUGCUGGAGGUCUUGGAGCCAUACUUCUAUUGCUUGUAUGUCUGGUUACCAUCUACAAGUGCUAUAAGAUAGAACUUAUGCUUUUCUACAGAAAUCACUUUGGUACAGAAGAACUUGAUGGAGAUAACAAGGAUUUCGAUGCAUAUUUGUCAUAUACAAAAGUAGACCCAGAUCAAUGGAACCAAGAGACUGGAGAAGAAGAGAGAUUUGCACUGGAAAUUCUACCUGAUAUGCUUGAAAAACACUAUGGUUAUAAACUGUUCAUACCCGACAGAGACUUAAUUCCAACAGGAACUUACAUUGAAGAUGUGGCAAGAUGUGUUGACCAAAGUAAAAGGCUCAUCAUUGUCAUGACUCCAACUUAUGUUGUAAGAAGGGGCUGGAGUAUAUUUGAAUUAGAAACCAGACUUCGGAAUAUGUUGAUCACUGGAGAAAUAAAAGUGAUACUGAUUGAGUGCAGUGAACUACGUGGAAUUAUGAAUUACCAAGAAGUGGAAACUCUGAAACACACCAUUAAGCUCCUAACUGUUAUCAAAUGGCAUGGGCCGAAAUGCAACAAGUUGAAUUCACAAUUCUGGAAACGUUUACAAUAUGAAAUGCCUUUUAAAAGAAUAGAACCCAUCACACAUGAGCAGGUUUUAGAUGUCAGUGAGCAGGGACCUUUCGGGGAACUGCAGACGGUCUCAGCGAUCUCCAUGGCUGCUGCCACUUCCACUGCCCUAGCCACUGCCCAUCCUGACAUACGUUCUACCUUUCAUAACACUUACCAUACACAAAUGCGGCAGAAACACUAUUAUAGAAGUUAUGAAUAUGAUGUACCUCCUACUGGCACCCUGCCUCUUACCUCAAUAGGUAAUCAGCAUACUUAUUGUAACAUACCUAUGACACUUAUUAAUGGACAGCGGCCACAAAUAAAAACAAACAGGGAGCAGCACCCAGAUGAAGCUCAUACAAACAGUGCUAUCUUGCCUCUUUUGCCAAGGGAGACAAGUAUAUCCAGUGUCAUCUGGUGACAGGAAUGGUAGGGGCCCAUCAGCCCCACACGAUGUAGUCGGAAGAGGAAAAUUGCAGUCUGGUGCCUGGAACUUCAUCCUUGACUGCUGCUGUUAAACAUGCAUUACAAUCGAAAACAAUUGAGGAAAAACAGGGUCUUGUACAUAUUUUUGCAAUUUAUUUGUAGCAUCAGUGUCUUCCUGUUUUACCCAUGUCUCUUGCCAUUACAUUUUUGACUUUGUUUUAUAUGUCAAUUAAAUUUGUCUAGUUAAAAUUUUUAAAGAAUAGACUGAUGUAUAGAUAGGAAAAAAAAUUCUUCCUUUGCUUUUAGUUUAGUUUUAGGGUUUUUGUUUUGUUUUUUAUUUUGUAAUUUCUCCUUUUACUGGAAUGCUUGGUCAACCUACUCGAUAAGGAGCAAUGUUCAUUUCUUGGCUUUUUUAGCAUUAUACAUUAAUGAUCUUCAUUGUCAAAAGAAGAAAGUACAGUAUGCAAGAUUCAAAGGACUCAUUUUUUAAGAUAACCAGCAGAGCUCACUUUGUAUUCCUUUUCCCAGCCAACCUGAUGGCAGCAUGCUUGGUUACACUACAAGAUGGUCUGAUUGUUUAUCUUUUAACUAACUAAAUGUCUGUCAAACAACAAGAUACCUGGUCUGUAUUUAUUGCUUUGCAGUAACAUAGAUCCUAAAAAGCAAUUUAAUGGAAAUUUUUUUUUUUUUUUUUUUUUUUAAACCACUAGUUUGGUUUGUUUUUGUUAAAGUUGCUUUCUAUAUACAUUUUUGGGAAGGGAGGGGAAAGUCAUCCAAAUGUAUUCUUCAUAUUUUUUCUCUAAUUUGAAAUAUGUCUUGAUAUGCUACAGUACUUUAGCCUGAAGCUACAUGCAUCGUUCAAGUUAUUUUUGUAUGGUGGAAUCCAUACCAAAGCUGAGGAAGACCUUGUUACUAUCACAGACUCCUGUAAUACCUUUCAAAUUGUUUUUGCCUUAUUGGUUUUCAUUUUUCAAGAAAUAUAACUUUAUCAGCUUAAAGGCAAUUUAAAUUAGAACUCAGGAGGUAAUGAACACCAGAUGUGAACGCCAACAUGCAUAAGCCUUUCCAACAGAUUUGCUGUUUAUAAAAUUAAUCAGACCUAAAAUGUUAAAUUCAUUUUAUUGAAUAAAGAAAACAUGUUUAUUUUUAAGAAAAAAGGCGUCUAUGUUUGAGAGGUGAUACAUGUGUGUUUUACAGUUAUUUCUAGGAAUGUGUAUGUUAUAUAGUGCUUUGACAUCACUUCUCAUCUAUCCACAAUUGUGUCUUUUCAGAAAGUUACUUGAUUUACAUUUUUGUUUAAAAAAACGAAAAAAAAAAAAAAAUAUUAGAAUAAACAGAUGACAAGAUCUGCCAGAAUUAUUAUUAUUAUUAUUAUUUUUUUUCACGGAAAUGAUGAUUAAAUACUGGAGAUGGAAUUUGGCAGAGGUUACAGUUUCUAAUGACUAACAUAUCCAAUGAUGUGGCUAUAUAAGCGUGUUAAUCCUUUUCCAGAGAGGAACUAAGAAUAUUCUCUUAUAAAUUGCAACAUGAUCAUUUAUGCUGUAUUUUC